AUGAUCUGUGCAAUUCGAGGGGAGCCCAGCCGAUUCUGCAAGCAGUUCCUCAACACCGAACUGCCGACACAGCAACGCCGGUUCAAUAGAGAAUACAAAGAAACGGAAAUGAAGAGUUCAAUUAUUUUGUUAAUUUUAUUAGCCAUCAUCGGGUGCGUAGAAAUGAGAAGAGGAAAAGUCAGAGGUAAAACAAAAUCCAAGUUUCAAAUUGGAUUGCCAAUCACUGGAAAAUAUAGAGAUCCUGAAUCGGACCAAUAUUAUAAUAACAAUAAUGGUGCAAAAAUAACUCUUGCCUCCCACUUCGAUUAUGAAUAUGUGCUGGGACACAAAAUAGCUUUUUUGUGUGUAGCCAGGGGUAACCCCAGACCUCACAUAACAUGGUAUAAGGAUGGAAGUGAAAUAUUCACACAUCAGUAUCUUCAUAUUCAUGAAUGGCAAAUAGGAAGGGACAAAAUCAAGAGCAAACUAGAAAUUGAUCCAGCCACUCAAAUGGACGCAGGUUUUUAUGAAUGUACGGCCGACAACAUGUAUUCUAUAGAUCGGAAAUCAUUCAAAACUGAUUUCAGUAUUGCUUUUGAUUGAUUUCACCCAGUAUUUGCAACGAUUGUGAUAUGAUAACCCCUAACUGAUGUAAAUAAUAAUGUAAUAA